AUGGCAUCCAACAAACCGAUAACAACAGCUUGUGACGCCUGUCGCCGGCGCAAGGUUAAAUGCGACGGCCAGCAGCCAUGUGGACGAUGCCGGGAUGCUGAAAUCUCCUGUCGGACGACAAGUGUCCGCCGCAAAAAGGGUCGCCAAGGGGCCACCGCGACCGUUCUCCAUGAACUCCGCAAGGCUCCAGCACCAGUUGCUCAAGUCCAAUCAGUACCGUCGCCCCAGCCGACGGUUAUAUCAGACCCCUUCAUCCGUCAGCCUGGGCUUCUACAUCCAUCAGUGGUGCAGAGCUGCGCGGAGUACUUCUUCCCGCGCAUGCUCGGGACAGUCCCGAUCCUGGUCCCGACCACGUUCCAGGAUCACGUCGCUCGCAUCGAGGAGUCUCUGCACUCAUACUGCCUGGUAACGGCUUUUUGUGCCUUUGUAUUUGCGCAGACGGGGUAUGUGUCUUGGCUGAACGCCGGUAAUCAGUCGGCCUCGCUUGGGAGACUGUUGCUGGACGAGGCCAUGGCUGCCCGUCGCCAUCUUGAUCUUUUUUCAGCGUCGACUCGUCAAGGAAUCACAAUUUCAUUCUUGCUCUACGGUUGCCAGAUUGGCAUGGGAAACCAGCGGCAGGCGUAUUACUUCUUGCGGGAAGCAACGACUCUAUAUACGGCGGGCAUGCUGGAUCCGGCUGAUGCCGACGACGAAGACGCCGGGAACCUCUUUUGGCUAUUAUUGAUCUCGGAGAGAGCGCACGCCAUCCGAAGACAUCGUCCGAUCACGCUACAGGUCACCCGCGACAGUCCAAUCCUUUGUGAUACUCGGUCCGACGCAUUCAGUCUGGGCUUCCGCUGCCUUGCGGAGCUCUACAGACCCUUCGAUCAGACAUUCCUCAGCCGCUGGAACGGAACCGACUCCUCCGCGACAACAGAGCAGCUCAUCCAACUUGAGGACCACCUCCUGCAAGCCGUUCCGGCCGACGUUGAGCUUCCCGACAUCGUCCUCGCCGACCUUCGUGUCUCGCAACAGUGGCUCCGCACCAUGAUCUGGCAACUUGCCACCUCAGCUGGCUUUCUGUCGAGCACGCCGUCGCGUCCGUGUCUGGGCUUCGCCUAUCCACUCCAGAUCGCGCGAGACCUGUCGCUGGCGACGUGGAAACUAUCGAAAGAGAGCUUGGAAACGCACGGCAUUGGAUUGGCUGAGAAAAUCUUCGAGAUAACAUGCACCCUCACAGACGUCAUGGCCUGCAUGACCUCCGCUGGGCUCCGGUCGUCCAGCUUUGACCUUGGCCCUCAGGACUACCUCAAGCACCUAUGUACACUUAUUCACAGCCUGCCGGGUGGUGAGACCAAGUUCCUCCCCCUGCUCCUGGCGAAGAUCAGCCAGACGCUACCGUCUAUGCUGACGCCUGUCACCCGCCAUCUCAGUUUGCCCUCUUGCAUGGCCGAGCAAGUGUCGGUGUCGCCAAAUGUCGGCAUCGGCUCUCCAGUGAGUCAUCGGGAUGACUGGAGUAAAGCGCUGAAUUGGGCUGAAAUGAGCCGCAUCGGGGAUCGGACACCUGAAGCUAGGCGGGGUGCUUGA